AUGACCUUGAGCUUUGCCUAUGUGCAAUACUGCGAUGCCGACGCGGCCGUUGAUGCUUACCAAACCCUUGAUGGAAAGCAUUUCCAGGGCCGUCUGCUCCAUAUCUUGCCUGCUUCUGCGAAGAAGACAUACAAGAUUGACGAGUACGAACUGUCCAAGCUCCCUCUCAAAAAGCAAAGGGAGAUCAAGCGGAAGCAAAACGCCUCUGGAUCCACAUUCAGCUGGAACUCCCUAUAUAUGAACGCCGAUGCUGUGAUGUCAUCAGUAGCCGGAAGGCUCGGAGUCUCCAAAUCUGAUCUGCUUGAUCCUACCUCUUCAGAUGCCGCCGUCAAGCAAGCACAUGCUGAAACGCAUGUGAUUCAAGAAACGAAAGCCUACUUUGCCUCAAAUGGGGUAAAUAUUGACGCUUUCAAGCAGCGUGAGCGUGGGAAUACGGCUAUUUUGGUCAAGAACUUCUCAUAUGGUGUCACUUCGGCAGAGCUCAGGAGUCUAUUCGACCCUUAUGGCAAGAUCAUCCGACUCCUGAUGCCACCGAGUGGCACCAUUGCGAUCGUGGAGUUUGCGCACCCUGACGAGGCCCAAAAGGCUUUCAAGGGCAUGGCGUACCGCAGGAUGGGUGAUUCCAUAUUAUUCCUGGAGAAGGCGCCAAAAAAUUUGUUCGAUGCUUCAGCAGCUCCACGCACCCUUGCUCCAGAAACUCGGGGCAAGGAUCAAGGAUUCUCAACUGCAGACACAUUUGCCGCAGAUGAGCCUGAUGACAGCGUAGGAACCACGACGCUAUUCGUAAAGAACCUCAACUUCUCAACCACCAAUGAGAAGUUCCUAGAAGUGUUCCGACCUUUGGAUGGCUUUAUCACCGGUCGCAUCAAGACCAAGCCCGAUCCCAAGCGACCAGGACAGACCCUCAGCAUGGGAUUCGCCUUUGCGGAUUUCAAGACCAAGGGUCAAGCUCAGGCUGCUCUUGCAGCUAUGAACGGCUACAAGUUGGAUCAGCACGAGCUUCUCGUUCGCGCAUCCCACAAGGGCAAGGACGCCGCCGAGGAGCGGAGACGCGAAGAUAACGCCAAGAAGGUUGCGGCGCGGAGAACCAAAAUCAUCAUCAAGAACUUGCCGUUCCAAGCCACGAAGAAGGAUAUCAGAUCGCUUUUCGGGGCAUACGGACAACUUCGGUCUGUGCGUGUUCCUCAGAAGUUCGAUCACAGUGCUCGUGGUUUCGGUUUUGCAGACUUUGUAAGCGCUCGCGAAGCGGAAAAUGCCAUGGACGCGUUGAAAAACACGCAUCUCCUGGGGAGACGAUUGGUUUUGGAGUUCGUGAACGAGGAGGCAGUCGAUCCCGAGGAGGAGCUCGCGCGCCUAGAGAAGAAGGUAGGAGAGCAGAUGGACAGGGUCAAACUCCAACAGCUCACUUCUGGCGCCGGGCGCAAGAAAUUCACUGUAGGAGGGCAGGAGGAAGAGUGA